AAAGAAAUCGUUUUCCUGUUCUUUUAUUUUUGUUUUUGUCUACACAAGUCGCCUUUCUCACUUUGUGAAAUCAACCCCAAAAAGCAGAAGCAAGAAGAAAUCGAUAGGAAUUCGAACUUUUGAUUUCUCUGAUUCGUGUUUUGAUUUUGAAAAAUAGAAACCAAAAUCGUCCCUGGGUUUUUCAAGAUUCAAAUUUCUCUGUAAUAGGGUUAAUCAAAUUCCCCCUUAUCUUCUUCUUCUUCGUAGUGGUUCAUCUUUUACAAUAGAAAUCAAAUUCAAACAUAGGCUUUUUUCUUAAUUAUUUUUUAGGUAUUUAUUUGGGAAGAAAAAAGGUCCACGUAAAAAACUGGAGGUUUAGCGAUGUUGUGUGACGAUAGUAGUGGGUUUAAUGUUGGAAGUUGUUCCUUUCAUUUGGCUGAAUGGCAUCCUUUGGAAUAGUAAAGCUGAUCAGGGCUUCAAGCCCUCCUUCCUCCUUUUUUAUUUAAAUCAGGUUCAAGAUUUGUUCUUCAUUUGUAACUUACUACUUUCAAGGUUUCAAGUGUUCUAAUGUUUAGUAACAGCUUUUCAUUUGCUAGAGCAAUGGGCUGCUUUGGUUGCUUCGGCUUCUCAACAAAGCCCAAACAAACCACUAGGCCCAAUUGCAGGUCAAAUUUUCCACUGUCCCAGGAAUUUUUGUUAGACGAAGAAAUAGAAGAAGAUGAUGAUGAUUGUUCAUAUAAUGGUGAAGUUACUCGCACUGCUCAUGGAGAUGAGGUUGAUUCUCUGGGCCGUGGCAAGCGUUCUGAAGAGAUUUUGAGGUUCAAACUGAACAAUGGAUUGGUUUGCAGGCAGGUUCCUGUCAAGGAAACCAACAUGAUCGUACGCACAGAGGAUGAAAAUGGGAAUAAGAUGAUUAAUGAGUAUGUGAGGGAGUAUAAGAUUGGUUCUGGUAGCUAUGGAAAAGUGGUUCUAUAUCGAAACAGUGUUGAUGGGAAACACUAUGCUAUUAAGGCCUUUCAUAAGUCUCACUUAUUGAAGUUGCGGGUUGCUCCAUCCGAGACUGCAAUGACUGAUGUUCUUCGUGAGGUUCUAAUUAUGAAAAUUUUGGAACAUCCCAAUAUAGUUAAUCUCAUUGAGGUGAUUGAUGACCCAACAAUGGAUCAAUUCUACAUGGUUCUUGAAUAUGUUGAAGGCAAAUGGGUUUGUGAGGAUUCUGGUCCUCCAAGAGGCCUUGGGGAAGAUACUGCUAGGAAGUAUGUGCGAGAUAUAGUAUCUGGGCUUAUGUACCUCCAUGCUCAUAAUAUUGUGCAUGGCGAUAUUAAACCAGAUAAUUUGUUGAUUACUAGCAUGGGUACAGUGAAGAUAGGAGAUUUUAGUGUGAGCCAGGUGUUUGAGGAUGAUAAUGAUGAGCUUCGCCGAUCUCCCGGGACUCCUGUUUUCACUGCGCCUGAGUGUUGUGUAGGUUUAACAUAUCAAGGAAAAGCUGCAGACACGUGGGCUCUAGGAGUUACUUUGUAUUGUAUGAUACUCGGAAGAUAUCCAUUUCUUGGUGAAACGCUACAAGAUACAUAUGACAAGAUUGUUAAUAAUCCUCUAAUUCUGCCAAGUGACAUGAACCCAGAGUUGAGGAACUUACUCGAAGGCCUUCUUUGCAAAGACCCGAAACAGAGGAUGACAUUGAAUGCUUUAGCAGAGCAUUCUUGGGUUAUUGGAGAAGAUGGACCGAUCCCCCAGUACUUGUGUUGGUGUACGCGUAAUAGCUAUUCGAGGGAAGAAUCUAAUGGGAGAACCGGUACUCAGUUGACAGAAACUGACUAGAUUAUCUUCUGUUGUCGACAUUUCAGCUGAGAAAAAAGUGAGAAUGAAGCUUUGGGUGAUGAUGGAUUGCCUUUGCACAUGGUUAAUACUGAUAUACGGAGACACAAUGGCAAAACCAGCGAUGAUUUGCAUUCACAUAUGAACAAAAAGUGGGCCUCAAUGGGGAGUAUAAGAGACCAUAGGAUCUGACUCUUAUUUUUUUUAAUAUUCUUUUAGUUAUGAAAUUUUGUUUGUGGCUUGACCUAAUAUUUUUUGGGGGUUAAUCUCUGUUUUUUCCUUAAGAACUCACAGAUCCUCCAGAGAUUCAAUUUAAUUAGAUUAUCAUAUCAUGAAAGUAAAUAUCGAGUAAAUUUGAUGACUA